AACAUGUUUCUCAUUUAAAGUGUAUUCACCAGAACUAUUUCAGUGUUGGAAUCAGUUCAUUUGUAUAGCUUGGAGGCAUUAAUAAGAGCAGAGAACUGUAAAGGCACCAGAAAACUCGAACUGUUACUAAGAAUCCAAGGUAUUUUUUAAAAGCAAUUUGUCUUUUCGGUACCCCAGUCUUCUGAUAAGGAACCUGAACCAGUUGACAGACAGGAAACCUCUGCUAGUCCUUCCAAAGAGAUUGCAAACAAGAAGAUGGCAUGAUUUUUGCAAACCUGGAAAGUCUAAAGAUUGCAAUAAUUGUUGGACCAAAGGGACCCUCUUCAGGCAUAAAUAGCAAGACUCCUACUGUCUUCUCUUGCAGACCAACUCAGCUGCCAGCAAAAGCAGGUGCUCUCCCACUACCAGUGCUCCAGAAGAAGUGGAAGGGAAUGGAAAACCUGAUGUUUGUCUACUGCUCCUGUAAAGUUAUCUGGACAGUACUUGUAACUAUACUAGGUUAUGCCAGCAGCUUGCCUGUGGGGGAUGACUCUAUUUGCACAGCAGAGGAACUUGCUAAGUACAGGAUAAUCUUCAUAGGGAAAUGGAGUCAGACUGCUUUCCCUAAGCAGUAUCCACUCUACAGGCCCCCAGCACAGUGGUCAUCCCUGCUAGGUGUUACUCAUAGUCCUGACUACAGCAUGUGGAAAAAAAAUGAAUAUGCCAGCAAUGGUGUACGUGAUUUUGCUGAAAAGGGUGAAGCAUGGGCAUUAAUGAAAGAAAUAGAAGAAGCUGGAGAGAAAAUUCAGAGCGUACAUGGAAUCUUCUCUGCUCCUGCAAUUACCAGUGGUACAGGACAAACCUCUACUGAAUUAGAAGUGCAUCCAAGACAUCCCUUAGUUUCAUUUGUUGUACGAAUUGUUCCAAGCCCUGACUGGUUUGUGGGUAUUGACAGCCUAAAUCUCUGUGAAGGAGACCGCUGGAUGGAUGAAGUGUCAGUAGAUCUAUAUCCAUAUGAUGCUGGAACUGAUAGUGGUUUCACAUUUUCCUCCCCAAACUUUGCCACUAUUCCACAGGAGACAGUUCAAGAGAUCACUUGCUCCUCUCCAAGUCACCCAGCAAACUCAUUUUAUUAUCCAAAACUCAAAAUUUUGCCACCUAUUGCUCAAGUAACAAUGGUGAAAUUAAAGAAAAGCCAGCUGGGUCUUUCUGCACCUUAUAUUAAUCUUCCAGCCAAAAGCAAUGAAAUAAUAGACUCUGUCUCAGAAACACCCCUGGACUGUGAGGUUUCUCAGUGGUCUUCCUGGGGUCUCUGCAGAGGCAUUUGCAGAGAAACAGGGACCAAGAUCAGAACUCGUUUUGUGCUUCUUCAGCCUGCCAAUAAUGGAAUGCCUUGUCCAAACCUGGAUGAAGAGACACCAUGUGAACCAGAAAACUGUGUCUGAAACAAAGAAAAGAUAAUAACUUAGAUAAUUUAAAAGUAGGAUAAGUUUAAAUCUAAACUACAUGUCAAUCAGUGUUCUUUAGAAUUUGGAUAUGCUGCACUAUUUUGAUGAAAAGGUGUAUAAGAGUGGUUUUGAAAGUUUCUAUUUAUAGUCAACAUUUUAGGGGGUUAAAUUUCUAAGGUUUAGUCUGACAACAGUACUCGAUCACUUACAGACCAAAAACCCCCAAAUAAAUCCUUCCUACAAUACACUGUAAGUUCUUGGAGUACCCUCUAGUGGCAGAAAAGAAGACAUUUGGAAACAUUGUACUUCACAUGAAUAAAAAUCAAUCAUAACAUCUAAACUAAUAGCCUUCUUAAAUACUGUAAUUUGAUUAUCUACAGAUAUUUAUACCUAGAAAUUAAUUUUUUCAUCUAAAUUAUGUUUUUAUAAUUUAUUGGCAUUUUUCUUGUCUUUCUAAAUAUGCUUAACAUGCAUUUCUUCAGAAACUACUUACAUAAGUCAGAGUGACCAGAUGUUUGCAGCGUGGUUAAGACAAUAGUGGAAGUGAGUAAACUUGUCUUGAGACUUACGAAUAUAUGAAAAUGUCUUUUUCUUUUUUUUUUCUCAAAAGCGAGAAGAAUAAUGAGGACACUCAGCCAACAAAAUUACUAGAAAAAUAUAGAAGUGUGGAUACUACUAGAAAACUUCUGAACUGAAUUAAAUGUGUUAGUUGAGAUUCAAAAACUGAUUGUUGGUGUGUGUCACUCAUGAGACAACUAUCUCAAAAUAAAUGCUGUUGACCAUAACAUAAAUUAUAUCAUUACCUUUAUAUAUGCAGUAAAUAUUGUCCAUGUUUCUUUAAA